GAGUAAUUAAUAGGGUUCAGUUGAGAAAAAAAAUCAAAUAAAAAAAAAAUUUCAAGAUGGAGUCCACGGAAAACCAAUCUGGAUUGCUGCACCAGAUCAUACCUCCUCGUUUAGAAGACGCAGGUCUUGAAGAUCCCGCUCAAUCAAUCCACGAAGCAUUUCUUAAAGCCGCCGCGGCGGUGAAAUCGACCGCCGCGUCGAUAUUCUCCGGCGAAGAUGAUUGCAUCGACGACCCGAGGCCUGUCGGUGAGGACGGUUCCGAUGUUGUUGUUGGAAUUCAGCCGGAAAAUGAACCGCCGGCGGCUUGUGUGGAUGAGUUACAAGGGUUGGAUAUAAAAGAGAAAGAGGAUUUGAAGAAAAAUGAAGGAAAAGAGAAGAAAGAGAAACCUAUAUUAGGCCAUGUGUGAAAUGAUUUGGAAUUUUAGAUGUUAGAUUUUAAUCUUGUUUUGUUUUAUAAUAAUGUAUGUAUUUUAAUGUGUUGAAGUUGAUUUGGUGUAUGAAUAUGUAAGGUCUUAAUGGUUGUAUAUGCUCUAAAGUUAGUUAUUAAUCCGUUAAUGAAGUAUAUGGUUUUUCUACAGAA